AUGUUGGUGAUGUUGAUGGUUUGGAGUGGUGCAUCAAACGACCAGAUUUUAGAAUGUUUCACCAUCUUUGAUAAGGACAAUGACGGAAAGGUCCUCAUUGAUGAGCUCGGACCAUUGUUGAGAUCCCUCGGCAAGAGCCCAACGUCAACUGACCUCGAGGCCAUCAAGACUGAGCUCGGAAACCCAAGAGACUUUGAUAUCAACACCGUCAAGACCAUCAUUGCCAAGAAGACUGUCAAGACUCCAAUUGACCAGCAGAAGGAGAUGCUCGAUGCCUUCAGAGCCCUGGACAAGGAUGGACACGGCACCAUUCAAGAGGCUGAGCUCCGUCAGAUCCUCACCACUUUGGGUGACUACCUGUCCUCUGCUGAUGUUGAUGAGUUGAUGAAGGAGGUCGAUGUCAACACCGAUGGUGCCAUCAGCUACCAGAAGUUCGUCGAGAUGUUGGUCACUGGUUACCCACUCUCCACUUUCUAA